GUCUACAACACAGCUACCAUCAACCGUCAAAAUGGGUGGCGAUCUCAAUCUAAAGAAAUCAUGGCACCCUUCCCUGCUCCGCAACCAGGAACGCGUCUGGGCAGAAGAAAAGCGCGCCCUGGAGGAACGCAAACGGAUCGACCAGCUACGACGCGAGCGCGAUGAGGAACGCCAGAUCCAGGAACUGCAGCGACUGCAGGAGGCAUCGGGGAAGGCGGCGACGCAGGUGCGCGUGGACUGGAUGUACCAGGCACCCUCGUCGGGCGGGGGCCCCGUCUCCGAAGAGAUGGAAGGAUACCUGCUCGGCAAGCGGCGGGUGGACGGCUUGCUUCUCAAACGGGAGGAGAAUGCGAAACUGGAGCGCGGGGCGGCAGAUGCGGUGACCUCUGCCGGGGCGGUUGGGGCGGCUGCUGCGGCGCCGCUCGAGAACUCGCGAGAUCUGAUGGUCAAGGUGCGGGCGGACCCGUUGCUGGAAGUCAAGAGGCGGGAGCAGGCGGCGUACGAGGCUAUGAUCAAGGAGGCGGCGCGCAAACAGGAGAGAGAACGGGAGCGGGAGAAGAGAAGCGGGCGUGGCGGCCAUCGAGAGAGGGAGAGGGAGAGGGAAAGGGAGGCGCGAGAUUCGCGAGAUUUGCGGAGGGAGCGCAGGCCGUCCAGGUCUUCGUCUCCUGGUCAGAGCAGAAGAGACAGAGAAUAUCGAGACAGAGACAGAAGAGACAGAGAUAGGGAUGAUCGAGACUACAGAGAGAGCCAUCGACGGGAACGGAAAGAAGAACGAGAUCACAGAGACAGGGAUCGGGACAGAGACAGCCACCGACGGGAACGGAAAGAGGAACGAGAUCACAGAGACAGGGAUAGGGAUCGGAGAGAGAGGAGAGACCGAGAUACCCGUCGCGAAGAGGACGACAGACGGUACAGAGAGAGCCACAGGAGAGACCGCGACAGGGAACCAAGAGAUAAUAAUAACCACCGCGCCUCAUCCUCCUCCUACCAAGACAAUCGCUCGACCCGGCCCAACCAGCCGGGUUCUACGCAGCCCCCGGCCAGCACGGAUGAAGACCGCCUCCGCAAACUUGCCGAGAUGCAAUCCAACGCCCAGGAACUGGAGACCACCCGCGUGCAGCGCAUUGCCGAGAUCGACGCACAGGAGGAGCACGAGCGUGCCCGCGACGACCGCCAGCGCUCGGAUCGCGGCCGCUUCGUCUCGUCCCUGCACCGUCAGCUGCAGGAGGAUAGUUUGGAUGAGCGGAUUCGGCGGAGUAAAGGUGGGUUGGCAAAGAUGGAGGAUUAA